AUGGCCGAUCCUGGGAAGAGAGGAGGGAUCUACUGCCCCUUGAGUCUCACCUGCUCCCUGCUCAUUGUGGGAAUGUGCUGUGUGUCUCCUUUCUUCUGUCACAGCCAGACAGAUCUGCUGGCUCUUAACCAAGCUGAUCCUCAGUGCUGGGAAUCUUCUUCAGUGCUCCUCCUGGAAAUGCGGAAGCCUCCAAUUUCCAACACUGUUUCAGGUUUCUGGGAUUUUAUGAUCUACCUGAAGUCAUCUGAAAACUUGAAGCAUGGGGCAUUGUUUUGGGACCUGGCCCAACUCUUCUGGGACAUCUAUGUGGACUGUGUCCUCUCCAGAAACCAUGGCUUAGGAAGGAGGCAAUUGGCUGGAGAAGAAGAGCAUCCACAGCACACAGGAAGAAAACAAGGUACAUAUUCUCAGCAACUAAGAAUCCCUUCCCUAAAGAAGAAAGAGAUGAUUGAAGACUUGAUAAGCACACACAUACACAGGAGUGGGUCUAAGUUUAUUGGAAAAAUAACCAGCGACCGGGAAAUAAAGAGAAAAGAAAUCUAA